AUGGCGAUAUUUGGUAAGAAGCGCUCCAGCGAAAAAGAGCGCCCGCAGCAGCCAUUCGACGCUGCUGCGGGCGCUGGUGUCACGCUUGUAGGCAACAAUGCCAACGCGCGCCAGACCGGCAGGCCCGGGCUAAUGUCGCGUAUCGUUUCGCACACGCGCUCCGAGAGCGAGCAAAAUGACGCGAGUAAGCUCGCGGGACUGAUGCCGGAUACGUCGGCGUCGUUCAGCGCCAAUCCGGACGCUGUGUCCCAUGCCCCGCAUCUGGGCAGUGCCAACGUGCCAGUGCUGAGCCAGUCGCUUCCUAGUGGCAUCAUUCCCCCCAAUACUGCGCGCGAGCACGACAUGGCUGAGCAGGUCCAGCCGCAGCUUGUUACUUCACAGGCUGCGGAUCCGGAAUUUGCCGCGGCGCAGCCCGCCAUCCGCAAAGUUGUACCGCACAAUGCAGCAUCCCCAGCCAUAGAAGGCUCCCAGCUUCAAGAGCGCACUCGCCAGCAAAACAUUGUGUAUCCCUGGGGCCAGAAACAGAUCACAAUGAACCCCCCGCGGUUCCUCGACGAGUCGCGCCGCGCGCCGCCGGGUGUGCUGAGCCCGCCGCCGUUUCCGCGAUACGGCCACGCAAGCAACCAGUCGACUGGCUCGAAUAACGAGGUAUACAUCUUUGGUGGCCUUGUCCGUGAUAGUGUCAAAAACGACAUGUACAUUACCAAGGUGGAGCACACCCAGAUCCAGCGGUCUAACGGCGUCAAGACAGACAUUGCACUGAAUGCGACCCUCGUUCAAACUUCUGGACAGGCACCACUGCCCCGUGUUGGACACGCUGCUGUGCUUGUCUCCAAUGUGUUUAUCCUCUGGGGCGGUGAUACAAAGAUCCGGGCCGAGGACAAGCAGGACGAUGCGCUGUACCUUUUGAACCUGAACAACCGCGAGUGGACGCGCGUCCUUGCCGGAGCCAUCAACGGCGCCGGUCCCAUUGGCCGUUACGGCCACACUCUCUCCGUCAUCGGCUCCAACCUCUUUGUAUUUGGCGGGCAAGUCGAGUCCACCUUUUUUGACGAGCUUUGGCGGUUCGACCUGAACAGCCUCAAAACGACGCCCACCUGGGAGCUUGUUCAAACGAAUGGGAAUACGCCGCCGCGCCGCACGGGCCAUUCGAGCAUCGUGUACCGCAACCGGCUUUACAUAUUUGGCGGCACAGACAGCAACUUUCACUACAAUGAUACGUGGUGCUUUGACCUCGUUACCUAUACGUGGACGGAGCUCAAGUGCGUUGGCUAUAUCCCUGCCCCUCGCGAAGGCCACGCUGCUUGUAUGGUCGACGAUAUUAUGUACGUCUUUGGCGGUCGCGGCGUGGACGGCAACGAUCUCGGUGAUCUUGCCAGCUUCAAGAUCACGAGUCACCGCUGGUUUAUGUUUGCACACAUGGGACCGGCGCCAUUUGGCCGCUCGGGUCACACAAUGGUCACCACCGGAAACAGGAUCUUGGUCGUCGGUGGCGAGUCUUUUACAGGCGCUGUACAGGACGAGCCGACCUGCAUGCAUGUUUUGGAUACCACGAAAAUCAAGUAUCCCGCCAAAUCCGAGCGCGGCGCAAAAUCGCAAGCGGAAGAACAGCCAGAGAGUAAGUCGCCUGCACCUGCGACCAAGGACAUGAAUGCGGGCAUGGAGCCUGUUCCGCUCCCUGUCACCACCUCGCAAACGACCGGAAGCGUGCCUGCACCACCCGAGUUUGCAUCGCCGCGCCAAGAGUUACCCGCGUCUUCAUACGAAGCGACCAUACCAGACGUGCCCCCUCCAGUAAUCCCGCAAGUAUCCAGCACACCCGAGCUUAUGAACGCGGCAAAUCCGUACGCCGCCCCCCAGCCAGCGCUCACCCAGGAAGAGCUGGCCGGCCUUGCGCCGCCUGUGCAAGCAAACCUGUGGGCUGCGCCCAUGCCCGAUGCCGCGCUCGAACCGGUAGUAGAAACGCGCGCACCCCCGGCCGUAGCACCGCCACCGCCGCCGGCCGCCAGCCAGCUUGAGCGCACGCCGAGCCUGGCCAAGCCGUCCAGUGCACUGGACGCGAGCGACAGCGCACGCACCUCGGAAAUGUGGCUUGCAUCCAUGCUGGCCUUGGCGGUCAAGCAAGGAUUUGUCCCCCCCACCCAAGCGCCGCUUGUCCAAGACACGCUGGAUGUAGAGACGCUGGAUGUGGGCCAGGACGGGUCGGGGCAGGAAGCCACGAUCAAGUCGCUCCUCACACUCAAGACGCAGAUUGCAGCCGUGCGCACUGGCCUCAACGAGCAGAUGCAAACAGAAGAAACACGCAUGGCUGCUCAGGAGCGCGCACGCCUUGCUGCUUUGCAAGAAGCGGCGUACUACCGUGCAAAGCUCGUUGCCAGCGAAUCUUCGAACAAUAUUGACGAGCGCGUGCAUUUGGAGCGCCAGCGCGUUGCACAGCUCGAGAAGCUCCUGACCACAGCGACGCGCGAAAAUGCCGAGCUGGACCGCAAAGUAGCUGUUUUGCACGAUCAGGCUAGGCUCGAGGCGCGGCUGCGUAGCCUCGCCGAAGACCGGCUCUCAGAAACGACAAAGCGCGCCGUCGCUGCCGAGGAGGCGCACAUCAAGGUGUACGAUGAGUACUCUGCGCUGCAGAAACACACCUACGUCACAGAAUCCUUGCUGCGCGACCACGCCGCGGAGAUUUCUGCACUCACAUCUACGCUGGCCAAGCAGCAGUCGGAACGCGGCGUUCUAGAAGAUCAAGUCAGCACGACGAACCGCAGCGUCGAGACGAGUCGCGCCGCAUUUGCCCAGUUCCAAGAGGCGCUAAACGCCGCGCAUGCGCAAAACGGCGAGUACGAGCGGCAACGUGCAGAGCACAUGCGCCAGUACGACACGCAGAGCCAAACGGUUAUGCAACUGCGCACAGACCUGCAAGCGCGCGCCGCCGAGUUGGAGGCGAAGAACGAGCAACUCGAACAGCAAGCAGCGGUCGUCGCCGAGCUCGAGACGAUUGUGAACAACUUGCAGCGCGAGGCACAGACGCAUCGCGAAGCGGCCACCGGCGGCCUCGCUCAGCUGCUUGCGCUGCAAAACACGCGCGAUUCGCUCGACACUUCGCGCGAUGCGAGCCAUACCAACGCCGAGUUUAUCCAGGCGCUCCAAGACGAAGCACGCUCUCUCCACAACCUCCAGCAAGAGUCGCGCAGGGCGGUGGACAACAUGGCCCUUACGGUGCAAGAGACGACAGAGCGCGCAAAUCAACUGCAGCGCACGAACAAUAAGCUGUAUAAUGAAGUGAGUGUACAGCGCAAGCAACUUGCUCAAGCACUGCACGACCUCGCGAUGGUAAAGGACAAUGCUCAAGCCGCGCGCUCCUCGGACGAUUCGCGCCAGAUGGAAGAGUUUACAGUGAAGAACAUGGCUCUCCGGCAGCUCUUGUCCGAGCACAAUGUCGACGUGCCUGACGACGAUGUGCUUGCGAACCCCCAAAUUUGGCGCGACCGCCGAACAACGCAGCUCGAGCGCGAUUUGGAGCGAUGCAAGGAGAACGCGAUGAACAAUGCAAUCGAGCUUGAGCGCAGCCAGGACCGGCUUCACCAGGUCAGCCUGCAGCUCGAAAAGACGGUGCGCGAUGCGCGGACAAGCAAGACGCUCGACACGCGUGCAGAGCUCCAGGCGCUGCGUCAGCGUGCAGAAGAAGCAGAGUACCGCUUGGACGAGGCCGUGGUACAGCAUCAGGAACGCACAUCGCAGCUGGAGAACGACUAUUUGACCGCCGUGCAAUUUGUGCGGAAUACGGAAAACAUGCUGCGCCGCUUGAAGGAAGAACACCUCAAGCUGCGCCAGGAUAAUGCCGAGCUGCGCUCCGGCGCGCAUCCCCGAUCCUCUUCGGCGGGAGAGGAACGGCGAGGAUAUGCGCAGCCGCGGUCAGCCGUGCAUCGGACCACAGGCGCGUAG